GCUAAUUGCCUCACAUUCGUUUAAGAAGCUUAUUUCCGCCUUCAGUAGAAUCGGUUGCAGGACUAGAAAUGAAUAUGUCUUCUUCUGAUGAACGGUUUAACGCCCUUCAAGAGAACUCUUUGUCAAGGGGAACGGCUCGCGUCGUCAUUGAGUCUCUGGUGGUCAUCAUACUUUGCCUGAUAGGGCUGAUUGGUAACAUUCUCGUCCUGCGGAUCGUAAAGAACAAGAGAAGUGAGGGCAAAAUGAUAUAUUUAUUUAUCGGAGCAUUAGCUCUUACGGACGUGUCGCUACUCGCUACCUACCCAUUUUUUGCAUUCCCAGUGAUGGUGCUUGGAAAAUGGCCAUUUUCUGAUUUUGUCUGCCAGUCUUACGGCUUCUGCAUUUUAUUCCUCGUCAGUGCAUCUCUGCUUCUAAUGGCACUCACUGCCAUCAAUAGAUAUUUCCAAGUCGUGCGCACGAAAUAUUAUCGACGGUUGUUCACGCCAUCGCGUACAAAGUUCUUUAUUGGUGUAGCAUUGGUGUUGGCUUGUAUUGUGCCGGUCCCGUAUCUCGCUAGCGGGGAGAAAUACAUUUUCAUUCCUGGAAAAAACUAUUGUUUCCAAAAACCAAACACAAAAAUAGCUUCAAUGUGCGUGUACUUGAAUGGUAGUUGUGUGAUGCUUGUUUUAACCGCGUGCUAUAUUAAGAUUUUUAAAACCAUUCGCAAUCACCAAGCCAGAGUCACCUCCAUUCAGCAAAACACCGAUUCUAUCUCCGGACCAAGCGUCCAAGACAUCAAAGUGACGAGAACAUUGUUUCUCACUGUAAUGGGAUUUGUUUUUUGUUGGACACCAGUUAUAGUUAUAGAUAUAAUCGACAUGACUCGGGGUCUGUUCUCCUUGCCUCGGGAACUUUACUACUUACAUUCCUUUAUGGGAACACUUUCUUCUGUUAUCAAUCCUUUUAUAUACGGUGUUAUGAAUCCCAUGUUCCGAGAGGAAUACAAGAAGAUUCUGAGAACGCCAUGUGCUGGUCGGAAUGCAGAGGUGGAACAUAUUAAUCCGGUGAUAAGUAGUGCAGCUCCUGGCUGUACUACAGAAGUUGGGCCUGAAGGGGCGGUAAAAACAGCAACAGCUCACUGCCCAGGAUAUAGAGGUUAAACAAAUGGGCCCAAUACAAAGACCAUGAACAUCUGGUUGGAAUAGAGAGGUUGAACACAUAUAGCUAGUAUACCGCCAGAUAACCGCCAAAUUACGCCAGAAACAAUAAGAAAUAUGUUGAACAUUAACAGCUCACCAACAAAUAAAAUAUAUUUGUCUUGUA